GGCAAACAAUGCCGCUAGCAGACAAGAACUUCCGGGCGGGAAAUGACAUCACUACCGCACGCGGUGAGGGACCUGUGGGAACGCCAUUUUAGCUGGUCGGCUGUCUGUUCAUCAUGGCCGGGUACACGGACGAUCAAAUUAGUGACUACCAGGAGGCCUUCUCCCUGUUUGACAACAGAGGGGAUGGCAAGAUCAACAUCUCCCAGCUCGGCGAUGUUCUUCGCGCCCUUGGCCAGAAUCCCACUGAGGCUGACGUGAAGAAAUGCUGCCACCAGCUCAGACCUGAUGAACGGAUCAGUUUCGACGUGUUCCUGCCAAUCCUGCAAACGAUCAGCAAGAACCGUAGCACAGACACGGCCGAGGACUUCAUUGAAGGCCUGCGCCAUUUUGACAAAGAUGGAAAUGGCUACAUCAGCUCAGCUGAGCUGAGGCACCUGUUGACCACCUUGGGUGAAAAGCUGACCGAUGACGAAGUGGAGCAGCUUCUUGCUGGCCAAGAGGACUCGCAAGGAAAUGUCCACUACGAAGACUUUGUGAGAAUGGUGAUGAACGGCUGAACUCUGCGGUACAGCAUCUCCAAAGCUGGCUCAUGGGGAGUCGUCGGUUUAUGAAAUGUGGGGCCAACUCUUCAUUCCAGAAAGAAUGUGCUCUGUGCUGCCAGAGAGGAGACCAUAACUCGGUGCAAGUGUAUUGACUGCAUUGUCGACUACUAUGUAUUUAUGCUUCAUGAAUGGUCUGGGAAAUAAAAAUUUCUGCACAGAAUAAAA